AUGCCUCGUCGAUCUAGCAAUUCUUCCACCACCGAUUCCUCUCCUAGCCCCACGUCCCUCCCGACUGCCUCUGGCAAGGGCGGCAUCGCCUUCAAGGCGCCCUCGAUCAAGUCCAACCGUCUGAGCCAGCUCUUCUCGACCUCUCCUAGGUCCAAGUCCGGGUUUCAGACCGCACAACUGCCCGCUGUCGGCUCUAAUACUCCUCCUACCUCCGCCCCGCCGAUCAGCUCGGCAUCUCUGUCUUUACCGACCAUUUCCCUCUCUACGGCCACGUCGGAGAACUCGAACAUGGACGAGCCGCCGACGACUCUGUUUCAGCCGCCUUCGCCCGAGGAGGCGCGCCGUCUGGCAAAGCAACAUGCUCAGUUUGGCCCGAUCGGCCAUCCGAGUCACCGGUAUUCCAGUCGGCACCCUGGUGGGCCGUUUCCUGAGCCGGUGAUGGAUGAGCCCCCCUAUUAUUACCUCCUGACCACGUAUAUCAGCUACCUAAUCCUAAUUGCUUUCGGCCACGUCCGCGACUUCUUCGGUAAGCGGUUUCGGGAAGAGAACUAUCGGCACCUGAAGGCGCGUAACGGUUACGGCGCGCUGAACAGCGAUUUCGAUAACUUCUACGUGCGCCGCCUGAAACUGCGGAUCAAUGACUGCUUCGAGCGUCCUGUCACCGGCGUUCCAGGACGGUACAUCACGCUGAUCGACCGGGCUACCGAUGACCACAAUAAACACUUUCACUUGACUGGCACCACAACCGAUACCCUCAACUUGAGCUCUUACAACUACCUAGGCUUCGCUCAGUCCGAAGGUCCCUGUGCCGACCUGGUGGAAGACACAAUCAAAAAGUACGGUAUCAGCGCGGUCAGCACCCGUUCCGAAGUCGGCACCCAGGACCUCCACAUCGAAGUGGAAGACUUGAUCGCCAGAUUUGUGGGCAAGGAGGCUUCGAUGGUCUUUUCCAUGGGCUUUGGCACAAAUGCCACUAUCUUUCCUGCCUUGGUCGGAAAGGGUGACUUGAUCAUUUCGGAUGAGCUCAACCACGCCUCAAUCAGAUUUGGAGCUCGUCUGUCUGGCGCAUCCAUCGGCAUGUUCAAGCACAAUGACAUGAAGGAUCUGGAGAUGCGGCUGCGGGAAGCCAUUUCUCAAGGCCAGCCACGUACGCACAGACCCUGGAAGAAGAUCUUGGUGGUCGUCGAAGGACUCUACUCCAUGGAGGGCUCUAUGUGCAAUUUGCCGGGUCUCAUUGCCCUCAAGCGGCGGUACAAGUUCCACCUUUUCGUCGACGAGGCCCAUUCCAUCGGAGCCAUUGGCCCUCAGGGUAGGGGUGUCUGUGACUAUUUCGGCGUCGAUACGGCCGAGGUAGACAUUCUCAUGGGCACCCUCACCAAGUCAUUUGGCGCCAACGGCGGUUACAUCGCAGCCGAUAAGGCCAUGAUUGACAAGCUUCGGGCCACCAAUUCCGGCGUCUUCUACGGCGAGACCAUUGCUCCUGCCGUUCUUGCCCAGAUUUCCACGGCGCUGCGCAUCAUCAAUGGCGAGCUUAUUCCUGGACAGGGUGAAGAGCGGUUGCAGCGAUUGGCCUUCAAUUCGCGAUAUCUGCGUCUCGGAUUGAAGCGUCUUGGCUUUAUAGUGUAUGGCCACGAUGAUUCGCCGAUCAUUCCUCUUCUCCUUUUCAACCCUGCGAAGAUGCCCGCCUUUUCACACGAGAUGUUGAGACGCAAGAUCUCCGUCGUCGUCGUUGGAUAUCCUGCCACCCCAUUGGUGUCGUCCCGGGCGCGUUUCUGUGUCUCCGCCGCGCAUACCAAGGAGGACCUUGACCGGGUCCUCACUGCCUGCGACGAGAUUGGCAAUGUGUUGCAGCUCAAGUUUUCCACGGGCAUUGCGGGCGGUGCCGUCCCUUCUGAUGACAUGGUCCCUCCCCCCGAAAAAGAAAUCGAAUGGCGCCGCCAACAGGCGGCGAAGAUCACUCCUCCUCGUUGGCGGUUAGAAGAUGUCAUCAAACGAGGGACACAGGAUGCCAAAAUCCCCCUGUGCUGA